CUGACUUGGAUCUCUCUCUCUCUCUCUCUCUCACUAUUCUCUGCAAAGGCUUCCCUCCCUCCUCCGAUUUAUAGAGAGAGAAAAUGCUGAACUUGCGACGCUAGGGUUUGGGCCGUAGUAUGUAAAUUGUUUUUUUUCCUUUUUUCCUUUUCGCCAUUGGAGAUACACGGAGCUAGCUCCACGGUGACUUUUUGUUUUUUUCUUUUUGGUUCUGAUUUUUUGAAUUUUGGCGGAGAUUGGUGGUUCGAGAGUUCAAGGCUAUCCUUGGAUUGAGUCAAUUGACAGAAAUUCAUAAUGGCUGACUGAUUGUUAUUCAGAGAAACAGAAGAGGUAGCUGUCAAAACAAUAUUUUUACCUCAUCUCUGAAUCUCUCAAGAGUUUCAUGUUGGUGCUUGACCAUGGGAAAUAGUGAAGAGACAAGGCCUUCUAAGUCUGACAAAUCCUCUUCACCUCCACCGGAUCAGACCAACAUUCAUGUUUAUCCUGAUUGGGCAGCCAUGCAGGCAUAUUUUGGCGGCAGAGUUACUGUAUCUCCGUAUUUCAACUCAGCUAUUGCAUCUGGUCAUGCCCCUCACCCUUAUAUGUGGGGACCACCACAGCCUAUGAUGUCACCUUAUGGGGCUCCUUAUGCAGCAAUCUAUGCACAUGGAGGUGUUUAUGCACAUCAUGGAGUUCCUCUUACUGCUGCUCCGAACGCGGAAACACCUACCAAGUCAUCAGGAAAUACAGAUCAAAGUUUACUGAAGAAGAUGAAAGGGUUUGAUGGACUAGCAAUGUCAAUAGGCAAUGGUAAUGCUGACAGCGCUGAAGGUGGUGCUAAACAUGUGCACUCUCAGAGUUCAGAGACAGAAGGUUCAAGUGAUAGAAGUAAUGGUAAUACAGCAGGGGUGGAUCAAAAUGGUAGGAAAAGGAGCCGUGAGGAAACACCAACUAUUGGUGGAAAUGGGAAGAUUGAAGCACAGAACAGUCCAAUUCCAGCUUGUGAAGUAAAUGGGAAACCUGAUAAAGUUAUGGGUAUAAAUGUCAUUACAGGAAAUGUGGUGGGAAAUAUAACCGCCAUAGCAAAUGCAAAGGCUAGUCCAAUAAGUGUUCCACAACCUUCUGCCGCGAUACCAAAUGAAGCCUGGUUACAGAAUGAGCGAGAGCUUAAACGGGAAAGGAGGAAACAGUCAAAUCGUGAAUCUGCAAGAAGGUCUAGAUUGAGGAAGCAGGCUGAGGCCGAAGAACUUGCAACAAGAGUUGAUUCCCUCACUGCUGAGAACAUGACACUCAAGUCUGAAAUUAAUCGACUAACUGAGAAUUCAGAGAAACUCAAGCUUGAGAACACUGCACUAAUGGCGAAACUGAAAAUUACACGAGUGGGACAAACAGAAGAGGUAGUUUCAACUAAGGUAGAUAAGAAGAGAAUGCCUAUCAGCACUGAGAACUUGCUUUCUAGAGUCAACAAUUCCGGAUCUAUAGAUAGAAGCAAUGAAGACGGUGAAGUGUACGAAAAUAACUCAAACUCCGGUUCAAAAAAGCUUCAUCAGCUUCUGGAUGCAAGUUCCCGGGCAGAUGCUGUGGCAGCUCGCUGAUCGUUUGAUUUAAAUGGUAAGUUAAUUAUCAUGAUUUUGGCAUAAUUACGAGCCCAAAAUUACCGCUAACAGUACGAUUUAAGAACACAAAAAAAGGCACUGAUUUUUACUUGUGAAGGGAAUUCAACCUAAAUAGUUGAUGUACCAGAGAGAAAAAGUGUAGAUUAGGGGUUGUGAAAUGGGGACCUAUGUUAAUGGUUUGUAUAAGUUAUUGAGCAGUUUUUAUCGACCCUUUUUUAUGAGGAUGGAUAAACAAAUGUAAAACCUCUUUUGGAAAUACAUAUGUUUGCUCUUUUAUCUUUUAGGUUUUUAUUUUUUUCGUCUUCUGAUUUUA